AUGGCUGGGGGCAUCCGCUAUUCUGCUGGUAUGCCGCCCAAACCGUCUGCAAAGGGAGCCAAGAAGGCUGCCAAAAGCCAGAAAGCCAGCCGCAGCAGUGACAAGAAGAAGAAGCAUCGCCGAAAGGAGAGUUAUUCUGUCUACAUCUACCGUGUUCUGAAGCAAGUCCAUCCCGAUACUGGCGUUUCAUCCAAGGCUAUGUCUAUUAUGAAUUCAUUCGUCAACGAUGUAUUCGAACGUAUUGCUGCUGAAGCUAGCCGUCUCGCCCAGUAUAACAAACGAUCUACAAUCUCAUCACGUGAAAUUCAAACUGCUGUUCGUCUUAUUUUGCCGGGUGAACUGGCAAAACAUGCUGUUUCCGAGGGAACGAAAGCUGUUACCAAGUACACAUCAAGCAAGUGA